GGCAUUAAAAAUACGUCUUUCUAAUUGUUGUUUUUUUUGUAAUUUUUUUUUCCUAUUUUAAAUGCUGACACGCCAUCUCAAUUUCAAUCAUGAUUGCGUUGCCUUUGCCUUUUGGUCGUUUUGAAGCAUUAAAAAUUUGAUCAACGGAAUUUCUUGACAGAUUGUUUUGAAAAAUUGAAUCUUGAAAAAGUUUAAAUGAGUGGAAAAAUGCGGAUGAUGAGUGACUAAUGUUUUUAAAACGUGUAAUCCAUCACAAUUAUAGAAUUUAAGUGGUGACCUUAGUGAAUUCAGUGUGUUUCAUAUGGGGAUAGUGAUAAACGAUGGCGUUACUUUUAAAGCAGCCAGACUUAGUUGUAACGCUAAAAAAAGAGACUGUAUUAAAUGUUGAAAUUCUAAGCAAGCUUUAUCCAACAUCUCACGAGUUAACUCGACUUAUAAAUAAAGAGAACUGGCUUGAGAAACCUACUCAAAACUUAUUUAAUCAUUUAUUGUAUUAUUUGGCAAAUAUAAUCGAUGAUGCGGCUUCAUUUACAUGGCCAUUAUACGAUACAAACAGCGAAAGGACGUAUAGAAAUGAAAUUUCUAAUUUUAUAAACAGUUACAGUAAUAAAGGACUAUUAACUCCCGUGAUGUCAUCAUAUUUGGUCAAUCCUGCAUGUUACAAGGUAACAAUGCUUAUAUUCCAACUAUCUCAAUUGGCUGUACAAAGUGUGCUAAUGCCUAUAAUGAUGGAUCAAGAAAAAACAAUAUACAAUAAAGUCACAGAUGAAUAUAAAAAUAAAGAUGAAGAUUUUAUUAAAUAUAUAGAUAAUGAAACGGAAGUUAUAUUUCAACAACGAAAUAAUUUUUUCAACAAACGAAAAACUUACGAAAAAAUUGCUGAAUUAUUCAGAAAAAGCAUUUCAAAUAUGGAAGCAAAAUUAAAAACAACCAAUUCACAAUAUUAUAUUGAUAAUUUAGUUGAUACAUACAUAAAUAAAUAUCAACCAGAUGAAUAUGUAAAAGAUAAGUUAUUAGAAAUUAAAGAUAUAAAAAAACCUUGUAAUUUCUUUGAUACAUGUCUUACUGAAGUGGACAAUCAAAUAAUGGAGCUAGAAACUAAUUGGGAAAGAUUAAUAACACCAUUAUUGACUUCAGGUAGAGCUGCAGUAAAUAAUAGUAGAGAAAUAAUAGGCAGAAGGACAGGUGAAGUUGACCGAAAUCUAUUCGUAGUUGAAUAUAAUUCACAAACAGACUCAAUAUCAACUUUACAACUGCAACAAUAUGUAAAUACCGAACAGAAGUAUAUUUUAAAAAAUAUAGAAAAAGAUGGCCGAUUGAAUUAUCCCAAUCUAAUACGUAGCUUUCUUAUAGCUAUUUGUUAUAUACUUAAAAAUAAUAAUAUUGGCAAUGAAAUAGAUAAAUUCAAUGAUUAUUUAGAUAAUGGUGUUAAAAGUUAUUCUGAAAUAAAGUCUGCAAUGGAGAUGCUUAAUGAGAGAGUUUUGAAUGCUGAAUCCAAACUUCCGGUGAUCCCAAAUAUUACGUUUCCAUCACAAUCAUCAAAGAAAGCUGUAGAAAUACCAAUGUUACCCGACUUAACAAUUUUAAAAACGCACAGAGAUAAGCAAUUCCUAUUUGAAAACUUCACACCGAUGCGUAUGUCAAAACAUGAGUUUAAUCUACGAAGGAAACCUAAUUUAUAUUUCAACGGACCACAGACAAAGUCUUUAACAACAUUAUUCUCUAUAUCUAGAGAUGAUUUUCUUAAAUCACGCAUAUCAUCUAAAUUGGGGGCAUAUGACAAUUCUAAUGCCACACAAAAUUAUCAUAAUUUCUCUCUAAUAUCACAUUGUAAUAAAGUGAAUGAAACAAUAGCCGAACGCUCCUCUGGAUUUACAGCACAACAAAUAACAAGGCUUCUGUCAACUAAGAACACCAGUAGCUCUAAAAAGUUUAAAUAUAAAACUGACAGACCAGAGACAAUUAAAAAAGGUUGCUUAUUCAAUGAAUCAGUUUCGACAAAUGAAAGUGUCGGACUAUUUCGUUGUCAUUCGUCACCGAAUUUAUUCGAGAACAUAGAAAGGAAACCAUUAAGUAAAUUAAGACCUAGAAAAUUAUCUAUAAUGCAGGAAGACAGUCCGAAUUCCCUUUUAGAAGUAUCAGGAAUUGCAAUGUUGGAUAGAAAUAGCAACUGCAAUACUCCACAGAGUCCUAAACACCAAAACAAAUCGAAUCCACAAAUUGUACCUACAACUUCUUUACUUCAAAAGAGUCCCAUUAAAUCGGUUAAUUUUAUGGAAGAAAUUAAUGGAAAAAUAUGCUUAGAUUACAAUGAGAGCCAAAGUCUUAAUAAUUAUGAUGUCCAAUCAAAUAAUGUUACACCUAAAAGUAACGGACAACUUAUUGCUAAAACAAAUUCAUUAGAAAAAAUUAUAAAUCGUUACAAAAAGGUUCGAGCUGUUGCCACAACAACGGAGCAAACUUUUUGCAGAACAAUUGUUGAAGAGAAAGACAAUAACAUAAUUAAUAAGCAAGUAACGAAUAUUUCGCCAGAUAUAGUUAAUGCAACUUCUAGUAUUUUGCCAUUUAAUGAAGACUGGUAUCUUAAUAUGGAUGCCGAACAAAUAAAAAGGUCAAGACAAAGUCUCGGUACUGUUUUAGGAGUAGACCAUACGUUUCUGGACUCGUGUGAAUUAAUUGAUUGACAGUUUGAUAUAAGUUAAUUAAUUGUGAAGAUAACAUUGGAUUUUAUUGAAUGCUAGCUAAAAAAAAUCUCAAAAAUGUCAUGAUAAAUAAUGUUA